UAUUCCAGUGAUACAGAAGCAGCAGUAAGCCGUCGAGUAAAAGUUACAAGAGCCGAAGUACGAGUAAUAAAAGAAAAUCCCCUGGAAAAAGGUGCCAAGUGAAUUUCUUAUCGGGUCAGGUGUAAACUAGUGCAGAAAUGUCGCAGCCAGAUAACGCGGAACGUGAGCAAACUGCGGCAGUCGCAAUGCCCGAGGCCUGCCAAGGUUGCCGCGGCCAGCUGCCACGUGCCACACCCGUGGAGGUGGAGGACAUGGCCUCCCCGCCGCUGGAGAAGCUAAUUCGCAAGGCCCAGAUGGCCCAAAAGAUGCUGAGCGACGUCAUGGAGCAGCUCCAGAAACAGCAGCAGCAAGAAUCUCCUUCCAAGAAGUCCAAGUCCAAGCAGCACAGAUCCGAAGGAGGUAAAAGCCGCCGGCACAAGACCUCCAGACAUGGUCAUCACUCUAGCUCCUCCUCUUCCAGCUCCGGUUCGGGGAAUAGCGAUUGUGAGCUGAUCGCAGUACAGCGGCAGGAGGAGAUGCCCUCGAGGAGCAGGCGACACAUUCGCGACGAUCGUAAGCGGGAUCGAUCCCGGUCCCGAGGACGUUCUCGUGGCCACUCCCGGGGUCGCUCCCAUGGACGUUCUCGUUCCAGGUCCUACACCGAUUCCCGACGCAGCGGAGCUCUGCCCCUGGCUCUGCCCGUAAGGAUUUCCGUGUGAGUAUCCUGGCUAAAUUAAGUAU